CUUCUGUUUCCCAUUCCACUUUCUUUCUCCUUUUAUCUCAUACUCACACACAUGGUCUUUCUGUCUUCUAUUAUCAUCAUCACUAUUUUUAUUGCUUCUUCUUUGGCUUGUGAGCCCCCCAUUGGCCAUUUUUAUCACUAUAGUAACUUCUCUCUCUCUCUCUCUCUCUACUCACUCUCUUUUCUCUCUCACUCACUCACACCUCAUAAAAGUCACACAACACCAGCUGCUUUUUUUUUAUUUCACACAAAAAAACUCUUUUUUUUUCUUUCUCUCUCUCCCUCUUCCAUUUUAAUCUCAUUUGCUAUGGAAACAGCAGAAAUAAACAUUCACUGUUGAAAAUAUAAAUGAAACCAGCAUCAGCAUCCACUAUAGUAUCAUCAAUCAUUAUUUAGGACUUAACUUCCAAUGUCUCUCUCAGUCAUUAUCCAUUAGAUUUAUCCAAUUGAAGUCUACUAAAGCCACAAGGAAAUUGGAAGAGAUGAUUUUCUUGAAGAUUAUUGCUAUCCACACCGACCCUUCUUGUUUUGUUGGUUGAGAUGAAACUCAAGUUUGAAGCUUUGGUGUUGUUUGUGUUUUUUUUGAGUUCAAGGAUAAUUAGGUGACACAGCUGCUGAAAUACUUAUAAAGAAAACACCUUUUUAAGGUAAUAGUUAUCUUUGUCUGCCUUGUCUCAGAAGGGUGUUGGAUCUGCCACUGAGAAUCUCAAUUUGAAGAACUAUUGAUUAUUUCAGCUUCUUCAUGUUUUAUUGUUCUCUCAAUUGUUGCUUUUAUUGCUAGCAAGAUUUGGUUUUGUUGAGAGAGAGAGAAUGAAAUGCGUAGAAGAGUAGAACUAGAAGAAGAUUGUGAAGUGUUGAGUGAGUUUUUACCUAUUUGGCCUUGUCUUUUUACAAGGAUUCUUCUUGAGAGAAAAAGAGUUCCAUUUUGCAACGGUUGAAAUCUUCAAAGCUGCUUUAAUAUUACAACCCCAAGUGAAUAUUUUUCCUUAACAAACCAAAACGUGCCUCCAAGUUUCAAUUUUUAAACACCCCUUUUGAAGAAAUUUAUUGCAUUUUCUUCAGUUACAAUUUGAUUCUCAAUUAUUCAUAUUUGAUAUAUUGUAUUGGAGUAGUUACACAUCUCUCAGUACAAUAAGGUGAAUAUAUCGGUCACAUUGAGCUGAGUUGUCAAAAAAUAAUCAAAGGGUAUCAUCCAUGAAGCUUCCUUUUCCAAGCUUAGCGAUUCUUGUUUUUCUUCUUGUUCUUAUGUGCUUUGAAUCACUUCCUCAUGUUAAGGCUCAACUUUCUUCAAAUAAGGAAGCAAAGGCUUUAGAUGUAAUUCUUCAACAAUAUGCUUACAAGGCUUUGGUGAAUCCAAAAACAGGUACCAUUUACAAUGCAACUCAACUUCCUUCAAAUUUAACUGGAAUUAAGGUUUCAUCAUUAAGAUUAAGAAGUGGAAGUUUAAGGAGAAAAGGUUUUCACAUGUACAAUGAGUUUGAUAUUCCUAAAGGACUAAUUGUGAGUCCUUAUGUUGAAAGAUUGGUUUUGGUGUAUCAAAAUCUUGAUAAUAAUUGGUCAAAUAGGUAUUACCCUUUGCCUAAUUACACUUACUUGGCACCAAUUUUAGGACUAUUAGCUUAUGAUGGUUCAAAUUUGUCAGCUACAAAUUUAUCAGAACUUGAUGUAGAUGCUUCUGGUGACACGAUUUUGGUUAAGUUUCAAGAUGUUAAAUCACCUCCUCAUGGCACUGUUGCAAAAUGUGUUUGGUUUGAUUUGCAAGGUUCUUCCAAUUUCAGCAAUGUGAAAAAAGGUAACACAUGUUCUACUUCACAACAAGGACAUUUCUCUAUAGUGGUUAAAUCCACUGUCUCUCCUGCUAUACCUUCUCAAGAAGGUGAGAAAAAGAAGAGUAAAAAAGUGUGGAUUAUUGUUGGUUCUGUUGUUGGGGGACUAGUAUUGUUGGUGGUGGUGUUGUUUCUAAUUUUGUGUGUAAAAAAAUACAAACACAAGAAGAAAAUGCAAAGUAUGGAAAGGGCUGCUGAUGUAGGAGAAACUCUUCAAAUGGCUUCUAUUGGUGAUACAAAAGCACCUGCUGCAACAGUUACAAGAACACAACCAACACUUGAACAUGAAUAUGCCCCUUGACACUAUUUGUCUAGCACUGACACUUCAGAUCAAAGAUGUGACGACGCCGAAAUGACGCCGAGACAUAUGGUUAUAUUCAAUCACUUUUAUUGCCUCAAAUUAUUAUGGGUGUCAAUAUCAUUAUAUGAGUGUCGUGUCUUGUAUCUAUGUGUGUCUGUGCUUCAUAGGACACUAUUUUUUUGCACAACUUCAUUUUCAGCUCCACUCAUAUUCAAGUUAUUUUAAUGUAAUCAGAAAUUCUUCUAAUCACACCUUUCUUUUCUUUUCUUUUGGUGCCACUUCCUUUCAUUGUUUGUUUCACAUAGGAACUUUCUGUACAUUAUUUAUCUUUUUUGUUUGUUUGUUUUGUUUCAUGAUUCAUUGUUGUGUGAAUUUAGUAGUAAAAAGUGUUGAUCAUCAUGCCAUGAAUUUGGUCAUGUUCCAUUGAUAAUGAAUAAAAACUUUAGCAUCUACUUGUUGAA